ACACACCCACAUCACUAUGUUAGACAAUACAUCUAUAGAAGUAAUAAGCAAGUUGAAACAAGCCUUGCUUAGACACUCACACGAGCAGGAACAACAUGAAGGCGGUGACCAUACUUAUCUUCCUACAAGUAAUCGAGGAUACAAACUAAACAAUCCAUUUCUAUCAUUGGAUUCCUUACAUCCCAAAGUGGUUGAAUAUGAUGGGGUACAACAUUUGGUUUUGAGUAACGAUGUCAUUGAGACUGACAAUACCAGGAAUAAACGAAAAUGGAACCAGCAAUAUUAUCGUGACGAAGGCGAGGAAGAUGAGGACAAACAAGAGGGUGAAGACGACGACGACGACGACGACGAAGCAGACCAAGAUGAAGACGACGACGAAUACGAUAGUGACGAAUAUGAACAACAUCCAUUAAAGAAAUUACGAAUCAAUGAAAUCCUAGCUCCAUUGAAUCACCCCUCGGAAAUAAUCACUCAUCCAGCAAUUCUGAGAACGUUCAAACUGACAAUCUUUAACAAGUUAGCUAGUGAGUUGAUUGAGUUGAUUGAAAUUGAACAAGCAAAUUUGAAUUGGCUAAAUAAAUUAUUACAAGUGUUGAAUGGCGAAGAUUGGUUUUAUUUAUUGGAAGAAAACAUUGGCUUGCCUGAUUAUGAUCAUGGUUUAGACGUGGAUGGAAGUUCCCUGGCUAACACUACCAAGGAGAUUACUACUAAUCCUGUAGCUGGCCCUGAACCUACUACCAGUGAUGCUGCACCUGAAUCUGCAUCUGCAUCUGCGCCUGAGCCUGCGCCUAGGCCUGCCUCUGAAAAUGGACAAGUCAAGCAAGAGACCGAGAAACAAAACGAACCGCAGGAACAAGCUAAUGAAGAGUCGGACGAUGACUCGGUGACCGAUCCAUUCUUUGCCCUUCCGCAAGCAUUAAAGCGAUAUCAACAAUUCCAAAGUCGUCAACUUGAGCCAAACGCCCCACAAGAUAAGAAUGAAUUAUUGAAAGAUGAUUUAAUCAACUAUCUUCAGGUUAGUAUUCAAAGACAGCAUGAGUACAUCAAAAACUUGACCAAUUUGAGAAAUGGAAUUGUUCGAGCUGAUCGAUUAAAACGAGAUUUGUUAAAAUGGGGGAAAGAAAUGCAUGAUAAAAAGAGUAGCUAGACGCUUUGUAAUUUCUGUAUAUUUUAUAUUAUUAGUACACUAUUAAUCUUCUUCAUCAAACUUUGGAGCCAAGUAGAAUCUUAAAUAACCACCAGCGUCCAAUUUAUAUUCAAACAAAGCUGGAGUCUUGUCGGCCAACUUGAUAGUUAUAACAUCAGACAAACUGGUAGCUUUAAUAAUGUCGUUCAAGUAUUUAGAACCAAAAGUUAAGUCAACGGGAGAGUCCAAGGUGACCUUGACACUUUCAUCUGGCUUGUCCAUGUCAGUGUAUGGCUUCAAUACAACAGAACCGUUACCAGUUUCACCUUCAGAACUGAACUUGACAGAGUCCUUGGUAACAGUAAUAACCAAGGAUUCGCCCAAGUUCUUUAAAUCUCUAACAAUCUUGGCGAAUUCGUAACUUGGCAUAUUUAUAACGGAAUCGUAUUCCAUAUCGUCGAUCUUCAAGAAUUCAGAGUCGAUAUUCAUCAAUUUCAAGGAAUAUUCAGAAACACGUUCCUUCUUCUUAUCUUCGAAAAUGGUGUGGACGGAGUCCGGAGUGUCAUCGGCCAUGAGGGUCAAGUAAUCUUCGUUGUUGGCGGUUUUGAUAAUCUUGGAGAAGGAUUCCAAGUCAAUACCCAAGGUGAUAUCUCUGUCACAUCUAUAAUCGUCAAAGGCAGUUUGGCCAACAAGUAAGGAGACCAAAAGAACUCUGGAGUCGUCCACGGCUUGGACGGUGAUACCGUGUUCGGUACAAUUGAAGUUACAUAACUUGACACAGUCUUUAAUUGCGUCGACAAUCUUCUUUAACAAAGUACUUUGAUCGAAUUUACCUUCAAGCAUGGUGUAGUGUAUUGUAUUAUGUGUGUAU